AUGUCCAGCACUACAUCCAGUAUGGACAUCCUCGGCGCAAUGGGGAACUUGGGCUUCACGAAGAUGAACGCCCAGCGAGCGAUCGAGUACGGCAAGUCGCUCUGGGACUACGACUGCCAGUGUCCCGAGCCCAGCGAGACUUGCAUCUCCCAGCGCCACAUAAACGCGUUCCGUACCGGUGCGGGCGCUACCCAUUCGAACGAUGACCGGAUGGCGAUCACCAAGAAGCAAACUGCGCUUUCCGCAGGGACCUCCGCCGGGGCGGCACUAGUCUGGCCCCAGUACUGCGCUACACUGUCGCAGUGCUGCUAUUGCGAGUGGACACUGCCAACGGCUCGGUCGACAGCGCUAGCGCCCUCGGAGAUCCCUUUCACGGUCAUCACCCCCACCACUACGGUCGUCCCGGGAAUCAUGGCCCGCACCACCCUCAAGGACCCCACGGACCUCCUGGCCAUCAUGGCCACCAUGGCCCUCCCCCUCCUCCGGGACACGGGCACCCCUUCCCUCCUCCUCCUCCUCCUCCCCCGCAGCCCCACGGUCCGCACGGCCAUCAUCACCCCCACGGUCCACCCACUCACCAUGGCCAUGGCCACCACAGCCACCGUGGUUCGCCUCCCUCGCCGCACCACCGCAAGCCUCAUCACGGGCACCCGCACCACAAGCACCACGGUCCUGGCCCGCACUACGGCGGCAGGGCGCACUCCCCUCCCGCCUGGGCAGGGUUCAAGGCUCCGGAGCACCACGGCCCGGCCCAACACGGCGGCGGUCGAGGAUAUGGUGGACCACACGGCCAUGGCCCGCACGGUCUUCAAGGGCACCACCACGGCGGCUUUGAUGGCCACGGCCCUCGCGGUCCUCCCCCGCAUGGACCCCACCAUCACCAUGCCCGUCGCGGUCACCAUGGCCACCAUGAGGGUCCCCACCACUCUCACUUCGGACCUGGCGGUUUGA